AUGCUAAUUGAAUAUUUCAUGAAGUAUUUUGAUAAUACGUUUUUUGAAAAUGUUGCUUUUAACACCAAUGUAUAUGCAGUGCAAAAUAACAGUAAUAAUUUUAAACCCACAAGUGCUACAGAAAUAAAAUCCCUAAUCGCUAUUCAAAUGGUAGUGGGUUGCUUGAAAUAUCCUAAAAAGGAAAUGUAUUGGACACGUAGAUAUCGUGUUAACAUUAUUGCGUACACAAUGACCAAAAACCGAUUUUCUUCAAUGAGACAACAUAUUCAUUUAAUUAACAAUUUGGGUAUACCUAGAAACAAUAAAGAUAAAUUUGUUAAGGUACGUCCUAUUUUUGACACUUUAAAUAUUCAGGCCCAGAUGGAAAUGCUGCAGAGCUAA